GCUGCUGCUGCUGGUGGUGCUGCCGGUUCGGCGGCAGCAAGACUUCUAACAGCAGAGGAUGCUCCAAGAGAUCACCGUGGUAGUGCGGUCGCUGCGACACCUCCCGCAGUCGUUUUUCAACGAGGAAAAGGAGAGGGAACUAGCGCUCAGACAGCACGGGCAACAACAGGGGCAUCAGCAUGGACGGGGGAGCGUCGACUACCGGAGGUGCUUGAGAGCGCAGGCAAACAUCGCCAACGAGACGCGAGAGACGGGGAACUCGGCAUGGGGCAGGGGCGUGAGGUCCCGCCAGGCGAUGUGGCUGCGGGGCGCGGACAAGCUGUCGUGGAGCCUGCCCGAGCAACAGUUCAAGCAGGUCAAGGCGUACACCCCUGUCUGCAAGGUACACGUGUACGCCACCGACCCCAACUCCCCCACAAUGGACACCUCCGAUUCGGUGGGCUGGUUCAUCGUCGACAUGCGAGACCUCGCCGGGCAGCGUCAGCAAGAACGCUGGGUCAAGCUCCAGGGCGCCAGCCCCGCGGAGGUGCUGAUAUCCUCCCGCCUGGCCAUGGCGCGCGACCCGCAGGAGGACUCCUGUAGAGAAGGACACGAGCAACGAGGCCGACCGAACAGCGGCACGGGUGGUCACCGGGGGAAUGAUUCUGCGAAACCCCCUGCUUCGAAAGCAAGCUUCGAUGGUGGUUCUCCAACGGCCGCGUCGGAACGAACGAUGCCGUUUCCCGUCGCUGCCGCAGCACCAGCAGCAGGGCUGGAAGACGGCGAGGUUGCCGUCCAUACCGGGGUCGACAGCACUGUCUCCGAAUCCGAGGAGCCUUUGGCAGCCUCGACUGCUGUCGACGCGGUGUCCGACCUCGACGCCCUACCGGUUGGGCCGGGCGCGGACGGGCAGGACGCCCAGACGUUCUCGCCGGCCAUCUCCAUCAAGGGGGCCGCGGGACUGUCAGGUCUGGCGGCUGCGGUGACCGGCAGCGAUGGAGGUGGCCCCGGGUUCUGGCUGAGCUGCUUUAUGUUCCGCGUGGUGGUGCAAUAGGGAUAGGUUCGAGAGCUUGG